CGAAAUGAGGUUACUUUUACUAGUAACCAUCGCUAUUUUCGCCUCGGUGACGGCAAUAUUCGAAGAUCAAGCCGGAAAAUUCGAUUGGAGGAAACAGUUGGUCGGGUGUCCGGCUAAAAUCACUUUUGACAAAGUUGGAAGCAAAUCCGACCGUCUGAUCGUCUCGACCGCCCAAUCCGUGCUGGCCUCUCUGGUGUUGAAUACCGGCAAUAUUGGUUGGCGCCAAAUUAUGGAAAAUCCCUCGGGAAGCACCAAUGGAUUGACGUUCACAAAAGAUCGAGAAUAUAUCUACUCAAUUUCCGAGGACGGGCGGUCUGUGCGAGUUUGGAACAAGAAUAAUGGAGUUCUGGCUCACCAAUUGCCGAUUUCUGAGCAAAAAUCCGAAAUUCAAGCGAUCCACGUGACAAAUCAGCGGCUCCACGUGGCAAGUGGCCGAACUUUGGUCGUUUUUCGGUUGGGAGACGAAAAACCAGUAGAAACUGUGAUUUCCAAGACGGAAUUAACCUUCUCCGCCUUCUUCCAACAAGAUGACGUUGUAAUCCACGUGUCGGCGCUGAAAAACGCCGGAAAAUCGAUCGAAUUGUCGAAAAUCACCGAGGAUGGAGCUUUUGAGCCGCUGAAAACCGUUGAAAUCAAGGAUUUUGAGCCGAAAAACUGUCACGUCCAAGAAGCCUAUCUCUCGUGCUCCACAGGUUCCACACUUCAAAUCGUCGAUAUUUUCCGUCAAAAAGUGCAAAAAAUCCAACUGGAAACGGAAAUCCUCGAGAUUUCCGGCCACGGACCACUGAUUCUUGCUCGCGGAGCCAAAAACGCCCAAAUUGUCGAAAUUACCGCUGAAAAUGGAGCUCAAGUGCGGAAAAGUGUGGAUAUUGGCGCUGGAGAAGCUUUGGGAAUCACUGAAAAUCAUGAAUCAGUGAUAGUGACGUCAUCGGACGCUGUUCGAGUCGUUUUCGUCAAUUCGGCGACACAUUUCAGUGCAAAACGUGUGAAAAUGGCUGAAAAUCUGGAAAAUUCGGCUCCAAAAUCGAUUUUUGGACGCAAAAACGAUAAAGAUUGGGAAAUUGUGAUUGUUGGAGAGGAUUGCCAUGUGGAAUUUGUCACUGUUGACCAGAAUAGCAAGAGCGUCAAUUUGGAAUGGAGUAGAGAAGAAUCCCUUAUCACCGCAGUCUCUGUGGAAAUGGUCGAUCUUCCGCUGUCAGAAAGUCAACAAAUGAUUGAAGACGAAUUUGAAGAUGGAGAAAGCAACAUCAUUUCCGCCUUUAUUCGCCGUAUUCAAGUGCAAUUUGGACAACUUUGCCGCCAAAUUACCCGUUCCAUCGAAAAAGUGAUCUACGUGGUGACUUCGAUCACGAAAAAUGGAAAUGGGGUCGCCGAUUUUAUAAAUUCCGUGAGAUCGGCCUCUGGGAGCGGAUCCGCCGCUUCUGGACCAUUCGAACGUGAUUAUUUCAAUCUUCGGAAGGUGAUCAUCGUCGCAACUUCAACUGGAACCGUAUUCGGAAUCGACAGUGCCGACGGGCGGUACCUAUGGAAAUUGUGGCUCGGCGAGCACUUCCAGCCACUGGAAAGCCCGUUUGACGGAGAAAAAGUGCCUCUUUUUGUGCAAAGGACCACGGCUCAUUAUCAGUUGGACGGGCUGGCUUCUGUCGUUUUUUCGAAUAAACUAACCCACAAUGGAGUGAUUGUAUCGUUCAAUCCAAUGGUCGGAAAAGUUGUGUCGAGAAAUGAGCUCGGAUAUCCGGUUAAAAGACUUUCUCUCCUGCCGGUCCACACUCACAAGCACGUCUACCCAGUAAUGUUGAUUGGCAAAAAUGAGGAGAUCAAAAUCUUCCCGUCAAUUACGCCAGAAGAGCUGUCAGCCACCACUCCGUACCUCUACCUCCUGGAUAUUCAAUCUCAGACUGUUCAAGGCCUGAAAAUCGAUAUUUCAAGCCAAAAAAUCACGCCCGUCUGGCAGGGAAAUCUCGGAUUGACCGCUCAGGACGAUAUUAUUGCCGUUAAGGGGAAAUCCUUCAAUCAAAAAGUGCACUCACAAGGACGUGUAUUGGUCACCCGAGAGGUACAAUACAAGUACGUGAACCCGAAUUUGGCGGCAAUUGCGUCGAUCAACCGAGCUGAUCAGCACAUGACAAUUACUUUAGUCGACAUUGUAACGGGACAAAUUGUGCACAGUGCCUCAAUUGGAAAAGCGGCAAAACCGAUCCACAUGGUGCAUUCGGAGAACUGGAUUGCCUAUAGCUACUGGUCGGAUAAGGGACGACGCACCGAGCUCGGAAUUAUUGAGCUCUACGAAGGAACUGAAGAGCAGCACACUCAGAAGGAAGUGUUCGACUCGAAAAUCGCGGAAAAACUGCCGCCAGUGGUUGCUCAGCAGAGCUAUAUUUAUGCUCAAGGAGUGGAUGCGAUGAGUGUCUCGGAGACAGAACAAGGCCUGACAACUCGAUCAAUCCUUGUCGCACACCCAUCCGGAAACAUCCAUGAAGUCUCGCGACGCCUCCUCGACGCGAAUCGACCAAUGGAGCUGACCCAAGCGAUGCGUGAGGAGAUGAUGAUUGGUUACAUGCCGGAAAUCGCCGUAGCCACCGAAGAAAUGAUCAACUACAAUCAGACGGUCCACCGAGUCCGUGGCAUCAAAACAAGCCCGUCGGGCUUGGAAUCCACGUCACUUGUGUUGGCCUACGGGACGGAUUUGUUCUUUACGAGACUUGUACCGUCGGGUACUUUUGAUAUAUUGAAGGACGAUUUCGACCAUGUGCUCAUUUCCCUGGUGCUCACCGGCCUUGUCGUUGGCUCCUACGUCUCAAAGCGUCUGGCUCGAUCAAAUGCUCUCGCCUCACAGUGGUCUUAAUCUAGUCUCUCUCUCUCCCAUUUGAAAAUCUCAAUUUCUUGUCUUCUUCUCUUCCAACUUGUUUUUAUAAUAAUUCAUAUAUAUCUAUAAUUUAUAUAUCUCUAUUUCCCCGCCGCCGCUCAAAUUAGUUUUAAAUGUUUAAUAAGCCCAUUUUAAUGUGUUUUUCAUUCCAAAAAGUGAUAAAUUGCGAGUUCAA